GUGACCGCAAGCACCGCCGGUCUUCGCAUCCAGUUCGUUUUAUCCCAAGGCUGACCCCUUUGCGGCUUCAUCGCUGACCUGGCAGGAUUUGAAUACUGUAGCCUCCCCAUUUCCUCCUUGUUUUCUCCAGCAGACGGCAGCAGAAAGAUGGGAGAAGUCACGGAAAGCUAGGGAUUUUGAUAUGGUUGUAGCAGGUAAUCUGGGAGUUAAUGGAGUCAGAGGGGCCCCCAGACUCAGAGAGUUCAGAAAAAUCAGCAUUUUUAUCACAGCAAGGAGAUGAAGUGGAAGAAGGAGAAGAGGAGGAGGAGGAGGAGGAGGAAGAGGAGGAGGAGCCAGAGGAAGGAGGCCCCGUGAACCCCCUCUUACAGCCAGUGCUCACAGGGGAUGUGGAAGGCCUGCAGGGGGUUUUUGAGGACCCCGAGAACCCUCAUCACCACCAGGCCAUGCAGCUCCUCUUGGAAGAAGACAUCGUGGGGAGAAAUUUGUUGUACGCAGCUUGCAUGGCUGGGCAAAGCGAUGUGAUUAGGGCUUUGGCAAAAUACGGGGUGAAUCUGAAUGAAAAAACGGCCAGAGGUUAUACGCUCCUGCACUGCGCUGCUGCCUGGGGACGCCUGGAAACCUUGAAAGCGCUGGUGGAACUGGACGUUGAUAUAGAAGCUCUGAACUUCCGGGAAGAGAGCGCGCGAGACGUUGCUGCUCGGUACUCCCAGGCCGAGUGCGUGGAGUUCCUGGACUGGGCAGAUGCAAGGCUGGCUCUGAAAAAAUAUAUUACAAAGGUCUCUGCAACUGUUACAGACUCAGAGAAGGGACCAGGGAGACUCCUUAAAGAAGACAAGAACGCCGUCCUCAGCGCGUGCCGUGCGAAACACGAGUGGCUGGAGGCCCAUCCGGAGGCUCCCGUCAGUGAGCUCGUCGAGCAGAGACAGCAGUUGGAAGAUAUCGUGACUCCCAUCUUCACGAAAAUGGCCACCCCACGUCAAGUGAGAAGUGCCAAAUCUGUAGUCUAAGUCAUGGCCAGAAAAGAAGUCAAGAGCAUGCCUUCCACUGAACAUGUAUUUUAUAAAAAGCCACAUUUUCUUAGAGUAUUUGUAAAGGCAAAGCUAUUCAUGACAAUUGAGGUUGAGAAAGUAGCCGUGGGGUUUUCUCCAAGCGAGUAAGUGUGAAAGGGAGUCGGCCCUGCCGGUCCUGCCCUCUGGCCUUCGUCUGCCCCGCCUGUAGCCGCCCCUUCCAGAGAGCAUGUGGCUGGGAGGCACAAAACCACGUGGAAACUUCAAAAGCUGGUUAGAGAAUCUACUAAUUUUAUGUACAACAGAGGCAGGAAAUUUCCAUUCAAUUGAAGAAUUCUAUAAAAAAAAAAAAAAAGACAGUGGCUGCAUCCAGGGGGAAAAUUCGUCCCCUCCUCAAGGGAAGCUGCGGGGUGACA